AUGUCCACAGCUCUGCAAACGCCUCAUCAACCGGCGAGCCUUGCGUCUCCACCAUUGAUCCCAGCCUCGACCGCGAGUCAUCAUUACAUGCCCACCCAUUCUCGGGAGGUCUACAAUGCAAAUCAGCAAACCGUAUCCUCUGCUUCACCUUCAUCUUCGAAACGACCUUCUCGUGCCCGUAGUGGCAACAAUCCCGGAGCUGGCGCGGCAAACGUGACAGUUUCCCCCAAUCACUCCCAAUCGGCGCUUGACUCCCCGAUGAUGGCGUCGCGUGCUGCUGUCGCCAAUGCGGCAGUUGCAGACUACCAGUCCCAAGGUGGCUCCGACCGAAAACGAAACGCGGCUCCUGUUGCCCCCCCGCGAACCUCUUCAUCUAACCCUCCCGGCGCCUCCGAAAGCCAAAAACGGGCCACGGCGCCGAAUGACCGUGCAACCGCAUCCCCUAGGAACGGUCGUCACGGUGAAUCCUCUCGCGCUGCCAACGGCAACGGUGGCGCCGAUCCCGCCGAAGAAUCGAGGGGAUCGUCAAGCCGCCGGAGACAUCAACAGAUGGCCGAGGAACCUCCUGAGCGCGUAAGCAGUAAUCGCGACGGCCGUACCGGCGCCAUAGUCACGAUCCCUUCAAAACCAGCUGCAUCCCAAGAACAGCCCGAUGCAACGGAAACCUACGACGAAGCGGCUCCUCCCCCCGUUGUCGCGAUGGGUGACUAUGCCGAUCAGUCACGUCGUGGAGGGCGGAGUCGACACGAUGGGCGCUCAAACAAGCGUGAUAAGAACACAAAAUUUGGCGACUAUAUUCUGGGAAAUGUUAUCGGCGAGGGAGAGUUUGGCAAAGUGCGACUCGGUUGGAAGCAGGAUGACAGAGUUCAGGUCGCCAUCAAAAUUAUCAAAAAAGAAAGCCUCGGCAACAACCCUUCGAGAUUAGCAAAGAUUCACCGAGAGGUCAAUAUCCUUCGGGGACUGACCCAUCCCAACAUCGUCCACCUCCAUGAUAUGAUCGGCGACGACACACGAAUAGGUAUCGUGCUCGAGUACGCUUCCGGAGGCGAACUGUUUGAUUACAUUUUGAACCAUCGGUAUCUCAAGGACAACGCUGCGCGGAGGUUAUUUGCCCAGCUCAUCUCGGGCGUGGGCUACCUUCACAAGAAGGGCAUCGUGCACCGGGACCUGAAGCUGGAGAACCUCUUGCUCGACCGCCAUCGAAAUAUCAUCAUCACCGAUUUUGGCUUUGCAAACAUCUUCGACCCCAAAGACGAACUCACCGAAGAGGAAGAGUUGAACCUGAGUGACCGGGAGUUUGUGAAGAGGCUGGGCCUGGAUAAGAUUAAGGGCAACGGGACUCGCCGGGGUGAUUUGAUGCAGACGAGCUGUGGUAGUCCCUGCUACGCUGCCCCUGAGCUCGUGGUCAGUGAUUCCUUGUAUACCGGCAGGAAAGUUGACGUGUGGAGCUGCGGUGUCAUCUUGUAUGCCAUGCUUGCGGGAUAUCUUCCUUUUGACGACGAUCCGGCCAACCCAGAGGGAGAUAACAUCAACCUCUUGUACAAAUACAUCGUCAACACACCUCUUACCUUCCCCGAAUACGUGUCCCCACACGCCCGUGAUCUUCUCAAGCGAAUACUUGUUGCCAACCCCCGAAGACGGGCGGACCUCUUCGAGGUGGCGCGUCAUAGCUGGUUGAGCGAGUACGCCCACGUCGUCAGGAUCAUCACGAGCAGCACGACAACCCCCGACGACAUCAAAAAUACGACAGUACCAGCCGAGGAGGAAGCCGACGCCCCGGGAAUCGCAAGGAGCGCUUCCCUGCGCGAAGCGGCAAAACCCAAGACAUCUGCUGCUGCUUCCACUGUUGGUGGCUUGACUCCCAAGCACGGUCAUAUCGAUACAGACGACGCGGCAGCGGCGGCAGCCAAGGCUCAGAAGGAUGCCAAGCGUCGUACGGUGCAAGUCGAGUAUGUUGCGCCCACAACCCAGACUCAGCGCGGCGAAUACAUUGUUUCGAGCAAGACUCGUGCGCAGCCGACCGCAGAUGCGGCCCAAGCCAAUGCUUCCUCGUCCAAGGACAAGCCACUCCCACGCGAUCCGCCCGUAUCCCGAGACGCGUACUCCAAGCCUACAUCCUCGAGGGGAGGACCCCCAAGCUCACACCGACAGCAGGCCGGCGUGGCCCCAACGCGACCUCCCCGCGAUCCCCGAUCGGACGACAUCUACACGGCAAAUGCUGCCGUGGAUCAUGGUCAUGGUUCAGCACGUCCACAGACGCAAGGUUCUAUCCAGUCGGCAGCCUCGCUUGGGUUUACAGCGGGUGGACGAAAUACGUAUGGGCAACCGGCGCCUCCCGCGGUUGCUGGAACAAAUGUUCAUGGACGCAUCCAGCAGCCAGCUUCGGCCGGUGGCGAUGACGUAGAGGGUGUCGGCCGACCGAGCGUUCCAUCGAAAUUUGCUAGGGUGUCUGGAUUCACCGAGGGCGCACCGCCCCAGACAAGUGAGGUCAAGGGACACAAGAGAUCUAGUACCAUCGGGGAGAUCAGCUCGAAGUUGCUCGGACGUAGCGGUUCGCUCUUCGGCAAGAGCCGCAAGCGAACGGACACUGCUACGGCGCUUGGUGCCCCAGCGACAUCCUCUGGGCCAGAGAAGAAUAACAGGAAAUACCCUCCUAUCAGCAUGGCCAAUUCGAUGGCUGUAGGCGGCGAAGAGGUGCGGCAGUCGAUGGAUUCGAGGCAGUCGCGAAGGUCAUUCUCGCUUGGCCUUGGCAAGAAGCGCAGCGGCAGCAUCAACGGCUCGCAUCAUUCACAGGAGAAGCAAUCGCGGAGGUUUUCGCUUAUUCCAUCUCUUACCCGAGCUAUCGGACUCGGGUCCGAUCGCAAUUCGCAGCAAUCUCUCCCGAUUCACCAUGGCCCGGAUCGCCAAGGCCAGGCGGAGACCGGAGGAGCACAGCCCAACACGCCCAUCUAUAACGAGAUGCUAGCGAAGCGUCAACCGGAGUCUGCGGCGACCGAGGCGGCUUACCGAAACCAAUCGCAAGGCCAAGUCUCGGCCUCCUCGCAUGCUCAAGCCCCGGUUCAGAACCCACGCUAUAUCCCAGAGCAGUACGACCGACGACCUAAUGCCAUCCCUCCCUACAUCCAGCAGCACUCGUCAGUCCUCAACACGGGAUCCGAAUCAUCCAUUGAUAUCCACCGUAACCAAAAUAACGCCCAGGGUGUCGGGUCCCCUUACCAGGGCGGCUUCUCGGAGUCAGAAGGCUUCGACGGACGACGAUUUGGCGCCGGAGCCAAGGGCGGCAAGGUACUUCAGAAGAACAAGCGAUUUGCCGAUGCGUACGAUGACUAUCCCGGCGGCCACAAGGGCUCUAGCGGAGCCGCACGCAGGGUAAUGGACAUUUUCCGAAGGCGUGGAAAGGCCAGGUCUGGCGAUGAUCGAUGA